CUCGACUAAUACGGAAGUGCGUGUGUAUCCGCCUGUUGGAGAUAAUUUUGGAAUUGUAACGUACAUUUUCUUUAUGGUCCCUGGAUCUAUAGAUGGAAGUAUAAGGAUAUGUAAUUUAAUUUCCACCGUAAAUUACCAAAAGUACCACAAUGAAGAUUGCAGUUGAAGGGUGUUGCCAUGGUGAGCUAGAUAAGAUCUAUGAAACAAUUAAGUAUCUAGAGAAGAAGGAGAACACAAAAGUAGAUCUGUUGCUUUGUUGCGGAGACUUCCAAGCAGUAAGAAAUGAGGGGGACAUGAAAUGCAUGGCAGUGCCUCCGAAGUACCGCCAGAUGCAGACCUUUUACAAGUACUAUUCUGGUGAGAAAAAGGCCCCAGUACUCACCAUAUUUAUUGGAGGGAAUCAUGAGGCUUCAAACUAUCUUCAAGAGCUUCCAUAUGGGGGCUGGGUGGCACCUAAUAUAUACUACUUGGGUUAUGCUGGAAUUGUAAAAUACCGUGGGGUAAGAAUUGGAGGAAUCUCUGGAAUAUUUAAAUCCCAUGAUUACAGAAAAGGCCAUUUUGAACACCCUCCUUACAGUAAGGAAACAAUCAGAAGUGCCUACCAUGUGAGGAACAUAGAAGUCUUUAAGCUUAAACAGUUAAGAGAACCCAUUGACGUAUUUAUGUCACAUGACUGGCCUCGUAGUAUUUACUACUAUGGGAACAAGAAACAGCUACUCAAGAAGAAAGACUUCUUCCAAAAAGAAGUAGAGGAGAACACUUUGGGGAGUCCAGCAGCCUUUGAACUUCUUUGUCACCUUCAACCAUCGUACUGGUUCUCUGCCCAUCUACAUGUCAAAUUUGCUGCCUUUAUGCAGCACCAGCAAACCACAGGACAGCUACCCAAAGCAACCAAAUUCUUAGCUCUUGAUAAAUGCCUUCCACAUCGGGAGUUUUUGCAGAUAGUAGAUGUAGAACAUGACCCCAGUAAGCCUGAGUGUCUGGAAUAUGAUCUUGAAUGGUUGGCGGUUCUAAAGAGCACCAAGGAUCUUCUUAAUGUCACUUCUAAAACAUGGAACAUGCCUGAGAACAAUGGUCUCCAUCCCAAGUGGGAUUUUAGCGCCACUGCAGAAAUCAGGAAGGAGGUUCUCGAUGACCUUGGCCAAGAUCUUUGUAUCCCUUGCAAUUUCAGUAUGACCACACCUUGUUAUGAUCCAAACAAUCCACAGCACAAGAGGGUGGCUUCCCAUAUGAUAAACCCACAGACCACUGAGUUCUGUGCUCACCUGGGGCUUAUUGACAUUAAUGCAAGAAUCCGGCAGGAGGAUGAAAGUGGAGACUUUGAGGCACCAGAAGAGAAUGAUGUUGACAGCACUGGUUCAAUAGAAGAUCCCAGCGAAUACAGCACAGACACUUCUAUUUUAUCUUCUUCCAUUAACCCAGAUGAGAUAACUUUGGACUAUGAUGAGGAAGAGGAGGAUGCAUCAGCACCGUCAAUGGAACCUUCUCCAGAACAUUCCUCUGAUCUCUCGGUCAAUUUUUCCCAGAUUCGGGUGUUACCUGAUUCAAUGGCUGUUUCUUCAGAUGAUGCAAUGGAUUCCACAAAUGAUGAGUUAGACCGAUCUGAAAGCAGCCAGACUGAGGGGGAAGGUAAAUGCCCAGAUAAAUCAUUAAAGCGGUUAAGUGAUGAAUGUGGCCGUAGUGCUAUGAAGAUUAAAAGGCGAAACCAGGCCAUCUACCGUGCUAAUGAUGAGGAAGAUAAGUAGGCAGACUGAAAAUGUUUUUCAUUUCUUAAUCAUUUACACAGCAGUCCCCUAACAAUGUGGGUCUUCACAUCUUUGUAUAUUAUCUUUAACUUGUUUUACAGUUUUGGGGUUUUGUUUUUUUAUGAAGCAUUUUUUUGAUGGUAAUUUGCAUGCAGUGCAAAACUGUCAUCCCAAUUUUAUUUUAUUAACAGUGUUUCUGUCCUGUAGAUUGACAGCUUUAUGUUCAGUGAAAUGCCUUUUAAUUGUAUUUUAAUCUUAUGUUUCUUAAUGCUGUGCUUUCUGUGGACAAUAACGAAAAAAUAUAAAA